AUGGCGGACAGGACAAUGGUGAAGACCAACAGCAGGCACCCGGGGCUGCAGGAGCUGGACCCCAGGACGGCCUUCCUGUACACCCCCCACACCGUCACGUGCCUGGUGCUGGGAAUUGGUCUGAUCGUGUACAAGAGCAGGGUGUUCGACGUGCCUCUGCCGCCAGACGAUGAGGAGGCGCGGCAGGAGUUCUCGACUGAGAAUGCGAGGCGAGGGAUAUGGGCAGUGAUGUUUGUGUUUAUGGGGUACUCCAUCCUACAGAGCCCCAGCACCGCAAUGAUCAGGCCACACCCUUCCUUUUGGCGACUUGUUAACUCAGUCGCUGUUAUGUAUCUCAUGUUUAUGGUUUGGCUGCUGUUCCAGGAUGUGAACGAUGCAAGGCAAUUUUUGAAGCACCUGUCAGAAGAGCUGGGAAGGGAGCAACCAGAGCGCCCCUAUGGAGGGAACUGCCAGCUGUGGAUUGAGGGAAAAGGCGUGAACUGGGUUGCAAUACAGGAAACGGUUCUUGAUGAAUUCGUUGUGGCCCACAUCUUGGGCUGGUGGGCAAAGGCAGUGAUGAUAAGAAACCACUCCCUCCUGUGGGUGUUGUCCAUUGGCUUUGAGCUGCUGGAAUUGACCUUUCAGCACAUGUUGCCAAAUUUCAACGAGUGCUGGUGGGAUAGCUGGAUAUUGGAUGUUGCAACUUGCAACCUGUUGGGAAUUGCCAUGGGAAUGUGGACUGUGCAUUACUUUGACAGUGCCUACAGCACAUACAAUUGGAGGGGGAUCAGUGAGCAGCCCACACUUGCUGCUAAGGCAAAAAGGUCGUUUCUGCAGUUCCUUCCACACUCAUGGGACAAUUUUGACUGGGGAAUGUACUCAGGUCCAACGCGGUGUAUUGCAGUGUUUGCCAUGGUGGCCGUGCUUCUUGCUGUGGAGGUGCAGGCUUUCUUCUUGAAGUACAUCCUGUGGGUUCCACCACGGAACUUGUUAAACACAUACCGGCUACUCAUUUGGUUCGCAGUGGGGCUUCCUGCUGUUCGGGAGUAUUACGAAUUCCUUGAGGGUAGGGCACCAGAAGGGACUAUCUUCAACAAGCUGGGGGUCUUCGCAUGGCUUGCCACUGCGACCUGUCUUGUGGAGACGUUGGUGUGCAUAAAGUUCGGAAAGGGACUCUUCACAGCUGCCUGGCCUCCGAGUGUUGUUCUUUGCUGGACAGUUGGUGCCCUGGCACUAGUCGCAACCUUAGUGGUUUGGAGUCUUCGUUUGUGGUUGCAGACUGGCAGACAAAAGAAAGUAGACUGA